AUGGCAGAUCCUCUCAGCAUCGCAGGAUCCGUGGUCGGCAUCACCGCAGCCGGCGUACAAGCCUCCGUAAAGCUAUACGCACUCGCCGAAAAGGUCGCGACAGCAAGCCAAAGAGUUACGAGUAUCGCGGACGACAUCAGCAGCACAUGCGCAAUUCUAAACCAGGUGCGCGAGCUCAUCAUACCCCAGCCUGAUGCGCAAGGCACGCUGAAGUCGGUGUUCAAUACUGUCGCCCUGAGUGACAUAUCGCACGCUCUCCGUCGUUGCCGGUCCUCCUUUACCGAGAUCGAGACUCUUUUGCGUCGCGCCUUCGAACAGGUGGGAAAGCGCCCCGCCCUGCAUUCAAAGAUCGAGCUAUCCCGGUUUGAGAAAGCGAAAUGGCCAUUCUUGCAGCCGCAAUUCGACGAACUACGCCAUGACCUUCGCGAUGCAAAAAGCAACCUUGUUCUGAUGAUUGCUGUGGCCAGUCUUGCACUUGCACAGCGAAAUGGUCAACAGCGACCGAUCCAUGAGACGGAGAGGGCGGAGUUCACGUCUACAAUUGUACAUCUGCAACGAGCGAGUACGGCCAAGCCACAACCUCGAAUGGAAUCUUCUCAAGGAGAAGAACGAGGCCCACGAAAGCGUCCCGCUCCGGGUCUUGGUUCAGAUCAGAGCGUGCCUGACAGGUACACGCCUAGGCCCAGGAUUAUGAACUCGGCGAAAGCUCUCCCGCCUGACGCGCGACUUGAUGACAUGUCUACACCGCUUUCUAUUGACGAUGCACACGGGGUCUCAGGGAGUCACACCACAGUCAGUCCUGCAAACGUGUUUCUAGCCUCCGCUGGGGACAUGCAGUUGCAAGGACUUCCCAGCAGGCCAAAUCCGAUCAUCGAAGCAGGUACAUCUACAUCACUCGAUCCGUACCAGAACAUAGAAGGUGUAGCCUUUCCAGAACAACAGACAGGCCAUGCUCUGGGUGCCUUGCCGGAUGCGGGUCCUCCAGAUCCAUCCGCUAGUUAUAACCACACGUUAUCGAUUUACAGUCGUUUUGGGCCUGGUGUAGUUCCCCAAUUGCCUUACGAGCUCGAACAUGUACAACAGAGUACCAGCUCAGCCAAUGACUACGAAAUGCGCCAUUAUGUGGGAUGGACGAGUAAUUACCUUCAUGGGCUUGCGACAGGCUACGGGGACUCUGUCACCAGCAGUAUGAUGAAGCUGCCUCAGAAGUCACUCCAAGGACUGGUCAAGACAUACACUGACGACGGCAACGAUCCACAUAUUGCCAUGUCAGAGCUCACCAAAGAGCAGCAAAUGAUGAUAACUGCAUCGUACAUAGGAUAUGACAGACCGGAGAUAGUCUAUAUCCGUCUGCAACCCAACAUCACUGUUUCCAGCGUAUUUGGCAUGCUGAACGUUGAAACAUUGAAAUGGGUCAUCGCGGUCAACAACGGCGGGUUUAUGAGCACAACUUCUACCGAGCCUACACUGCCGUUAUCAAAAGCACCUUUUGCGAUGGAAACAAUCCAUGACUUCAUGCCUAUCGCUUCUCUAGGAUCUACCAAGACAACACUGCCGUUGUCAAAGUCUGCUUCACAGUGGAGCUCUACACCCCCGAUCCCGCCCGUAUCUAAAGACGAAUUCGACGGAUACUUCCUACGGCCUUCUAGCGAGAGCAUAGAUUCAUGGAGUACCAAGAGACCUGCUCGUUCAGCAGCAACGGAGAUGACGGAUGCGGACGACGAAUCGGACGACGAGGUUGACGCUGAUGUUGAACCAGUUGUACAUCAGGUCCUACCUGAGGAGAGGCCUUAUCAUGCCCAGGGACCCGAGCCAUAUGUGGGCAUGCAUUCUUUGGCACCCAGUCACAAUUUCGACUUCUCUCAGAUAGCAAACCGACAGAUGGAAGCUAUGCGCAGUCACGACCAGGAAAGCGCAAUGGUGCCUGCAGAAGACAACGGAGAAGACAUUGUGAAUGAGCUUCUCGCUCGGUGGACGACCUCAUGA